AUGGAUGCAGGCUAGCAAACAAAACAUAGCGGGGAGAACUCCGUGUUUUUAUAAGACCAGCCAAGAUUUCCGACUUAUGUAAACAUACACUGCCGGCAUGGCAGUCCAGAGGAGGGCAACAAAAUGUUUUCAUUUGUCGGUCUGAAACAGUUCCAGCAGUUGCUUGUUUCCGUUAUGUUUUCCAUCUGUGUACUACACAUUUAAACUUCAACCACUCAAUAUAUUGUUACACAAUUCACUCAGCACACACGACGCGUGUCGAUGUAGUAGCAGAUAGUACAGAUACAUGACUUGAUCCAAGGUGACUUAGACAGAUAUUUAUUCUGGUGCACGAGAACCGACAGAGGUACAGACGGUAUCAGAUGAUCGUAAAGAUAAUGGCGUCAAGUAGACCACGUCUCGCCACCACAAUUACACCAGCAGAUAGCUCUAAUAACACAGUUGCUGUAGCAGAUAGCACGCUUUAUACAACACAACAAUAUGUUUGCUGACAAGAUCAUUCAGGCCUUGCUCUGCGUUCUACACGCUUUUUGUUCUAUCUCUACUUGAUAUUCAUGUACACACCAAGCCUGUGUCCAUGAUGAGGAACUGGGUCGGCGCUGUGGCGGCCCUACUUGUGGGGCUGAUGUUGGCGCGGUCUUUCUUUGAUGACAGCCAAUUAGAGACACUGAAGGGCAAGCGCGUGCUGGUGACGGGAGCGAGUACUGGUAUAGGGGAACAGCUGGCAUACCAGUACGCCAGGCUGGGGGCAAAGGUCGCAGUCACAGCCAGGAGGAAAGAUGUUCUGCUCAAGGUGACAGAGAGAUGUAAGCAGCUUAGUCCAAAUAAUCUGACACAUCACGCCAUACCUGCAGACAUGGGCCAGCUCAACUCUACUGCUGCUGUCAUACAGGAAGCGAUCGCCUCCCUUGGCGGUCUGGAUAUCCUAGUCUUGAAUCACAUCACCAGCCAGCCAAUCGUUCAGUUUCUGGGGACCAAUGAAAACAUUUCUUCCUUUGAUAAAACUAUCGAUAUCAACUUCCGGUCGUAUGUACACCUGACCUCUCACGCCCUGCCACAGCUGAUAGCAAACAAAGGAAGUUUAGUGGUCGUCAACAGCAUGCUGGGUAAAGUCCCCCACCCCUAUCUCGCCUCUUACUCGGCGUCUAAGCACGCGCUCCACGGAUUCUUCGAGUCUCUGAGAAGUCAAUUUAUCUUCCUAGAGCAAGACGUCUCGGUGACACUGUGUACACUAGGUCUUAUAGGGACAGAGAACGCGCUGAACCAGCUACAGAACAACAAACAGGACAAGACCCUGCAAGCGGUCAGCGCCGCAUCCCCCCAGGACACGGCCCUGGCUAUCGUAGAGGCGGGCGCCAGACGACAGAAGAACGUCUUCUAUCCUUUCUGGACGACGUGGACGUUCUCCUUCAUGCGGAGUUUGUUCCCUGAGACCAUGGACUACAUUUUUAUCAAGAUGGUCAUGGACCGAUGAAUGCCGUGUCUGUAGUUAGCUAUGUGGGUAGGAGUGUGUGUCUCUUGGUGUAUGUGUGUGUGUAUGUGUCUGUAUGUGGGUAGGUGUGUGUGUGUCUGUUGAUGUGUGUGUAUGUGUCUGUAUGUGGGUAGGUGUGUGUGUGUCUGUUGAUGUGUGUGUAUGUGUCUGUAUGUGGGUAGGUGUGUGUGUGUCUGUUGAUGUGUGUGUAUGUGUCUGUAUGUGGGUAGGAAUGAGUGUCUGUUGAUUAUGUGUAUGUGUGUAUGUAUGUUUGUAUCUGUAUGUGUGUAGGAAUGAGUGUCUGUUGGUGUGUAUGUAUGUGUCUAUAUGUGAGUAGGCGUGUGUGUCUGUUAGUGUGUGUAUGUAUGUGUAUCUGUAUGUGUGUUUGAGUGUGUGUAGGUGUAUAAUAGUGACAGUAUGAAUGAUCUAUUUAUUGCAACUGAGUUAGUAUUCUAGCAUUGACUAUACUGUCUCCUAUACUGUGAUACAUAUUAAGCGUCUAGUCCUGUUUUAGCUUACAUUGCUGUUUAUUUGACGUAUUCCAUAUGAUUGAUGUCAAGUUACAUUGAGUUAUAAUAAACAUGAUGUUGAAUAAAAUGGUUACAUUUAC